AUGGAAUCUAAGGAAGAAUCGGACCUUGCGGCAAUAUGGAGCGCUGCCGUUCGCGAGUAUGAGAAACGAACUGGGAAAUCCAUGGACCCCAGAUUCGUGAUAUUCAAGAGUAUGGAUGAAGUAAUGAAAGGAACGGAGAAGGAAUCACAAAGCUUUGGAGGCUUUCGACAUGAUGGAUCUAAAGUCGACAAGGUCCGGGCCGCUUUCGGAAACAAUUUGGGCACUAUACAGAAAGUCUUAAAUGGAAUUCAGACGGUGGGGAAUGUUGCCGCGGUCUUCCCGCCAGCCAUGCCGGUUUCGCUGGUAUUCACCGCAUUUGGUCAAGUUCUUCAGUCAUUCGUUGCCGUAAAAGCAGAUUAUGACAAAGUGGAGAGAUUCUUUGCAAACUCGCAGAGAUUCCUUGAUCGCCUGUCGAUUCUGGAGAAAAAAACACCUUCUCAUGAGAAAUGGCUUUCCGCCCUUUGGGACGGUACUGAUUCGGACCUCGAAGCUGCUUACUCGCAAAUGGAGACCGCAAUCGAGGAGCUUGGCCAAGCCGUUGGGUUUGCAACAUUUCGAGAGAUUCGAGAAACCCGUGAGGAAUUGCACAUCGUAGACGGCAAAGUCGACAAAGUGCAAUCAAGCGUCUUGGAAAUCCACCAGAAAGUCGGCGUGACCAACGAGUAUCUUCAUCAUGCCAAUGAGGGAAUCAAAAAUGUUGACCAGAACAUUACCGGAGUGAAAACCGAACUCCAAAAAAUGACGAUGCUGUUUACCGAAUCUAUCAAGGAGACGCAGAACCAAAACCUGAGAGAAAUGUCUCGUCUCAAAGCCCAGGAGCCACAGAAGAACCAGAAGAGUCAUGCCAAUAGCAAGAUGGACGUCUUGGAAAAGAAGCAUGCUGCGCUCGAGGAGAUCCGGAAACAUUUCAAAUUUGAAUUCUCGGAUUGGUCAAAUACUAGGGCCCAACUCAAAGCUCAAAUAAAGGACAUUCGAGAGGACAUCGUCCCAGGGACCGCCAAAUGGCUGUGCAAUGAUCAAAAGUUUACGGAAUGGAUCCAAGGUCCAAAUCCAGUACUUUGGAUAACUGGUGGCGAGGGCACGGGAAAGAGCUUUCUAGCGUACGCAGCGGCAGAAGAAUUGCGGAAGAAAUAUGAUGAUCAGGACCGAAUUUCAGUCGCCUACUUCUGCUUCAGAGAAGAAGCCGGCCUCCAAUCUAUCGAGAACUGUCUUGCCAGCCUCGCUCUGCAGAUUGCAGAGCACGAUGGGAAAUAUCGCGAUCAGUUACGAGCCGAACUGAAGCGUGAAACAGACGAAACCACAUGGCAACGGUUCUUCACCAACAGAUAUACAGCAAAAUCAGAUGGGCGUUUGUUCUUGGUCUUAGACGGACUAGAUGAGUUGAACGGAAGCAAAGCAAGCUCAACUUUGAUUGAAUACCUUGCCCAACGCGAGGAAGGCAACUUGCAUAUUCGAAUGCUACUUUCAUGUAGGAGGACUCUGUCCUCUACAAUCGCGCCUUUAAAUCCGGAGAUCUUGACAUUGACAAGAGAGAACCUUUCUUCCGAUAUGACGCUUCUGAUCAAAUCUCGUUGCAACUCCCUGCCAAGGCUAAAAAAGUUCCCAAGACCAGUGCUACGUGAGAUUUUGAAAAAAGUGAAGAGCAAGGCAGAUGGAAUGCUUUAUAUCGAACACAUGCUACGCCGUCUCAGCUACAUUGGUCGUCAAGGUGCAGUGCUGAAGGAUCUGGAGAAAAAUCUUCCCGAUGACCUCCAGGCCCUGUACCAGCUGCUUCUAGAUGAAUGUCACAGAGGAAGAACUGAUGCACAGUACAAGGCAUUGAAGAGGCUUUUUGCGUGGCUCGCUUACUCCAAACGAUCGUUGACUCUGGAAGAAGCCGAAGACUUAGUGAAGAUGACUGUUCCAGAUGGCUCAUUUGAUGUCGAAGAUGAAAUCAUUGGCCCGCCUCGAAGUAGUUUCACACAUUUCAAAAUGAUGUAUCUCGGAAUUCUGAAAUAUCUUCGAGGUGCUUCAGACGCCAUCAAACAGGUAAUUUUGGAACUCGCACGAACUGUCGAUGACGAAGAAGACGGCAUCGACGAAGGGGACGAUGACAGUGACAGUGCCGUUGAGAAAGUCGAUCUCGAGCAGUUGGGCAAUGAGCAAGCUAACUUGACUUUUCAAGAACGCUCUCUCCGAGAGUUCUUCAAAGCCGUCGACGUCGACGAUACGGGCUUGCGCACACCUCCCUCCACUGCCCAUUUCACGAUCUUCGAGAUGGCGACAUCAACCCUGAUCACCGCUGCGCAAAAGGACAUUCGAAAAGAUGCACCUGUCCUUUCUUCGUAUGCUGCGAAUUACUGGUAUCAACAUCUCAUCGAAAUUGACCUGGAAAACACUUCAGAUGUUGAGACCAUUCAGGUCCUCAAUGCGCUUCAAGGUAUUCUUAGCAACGCCCACAAUGUUUCGGUAGUCAUCGAAACUUUCGAGAUGUCUGCAAAAGAUACGUACCCGGAUAGUGGCUCUACGAAAAAAGUCACUUGGAUCGACGUAAUGAUGAGGUGGAUUGCGAAAGGAGCGGGAAUUAAAGACCUUGCUCUUCCUUCCGAGACUAGAGAAUGGAUCUCUAGCUUCUCAGAGGAUCGUGCGGGCGUCCUGAUUCCUUUAGCUCGUGGGCAUGUUAAUAACUGGUAUAGGUCAAGAACUCAUUGGACCAUUAAUCGGGGAUUCAGCUUUGCCAAGGCUGCUCUCGAAGUCUGGAAAAGUCCAGACGAAAAUCCUGACAACAUGGCAAAAAUUCAGCAAAUCGCUGACCGCUUUCCUGACAUUCAGGGCGGUGCCGGUAAAAUGAGAGCCAUAGGAACCAUGUUGACCUGGGAGGACUCCGAAAAAGCAGUCGAAUACCUGCGCGAGGCCUUUGAUCUAUACGACAACAACAAGGACAAGUUCUGCUGUGGCUGGUUACUGGCUGAUGCCUACGAGAAUCUUGCUAAACGAGAAGAAGCGGUUGACGCCAUCGACAAAGCGCUUGCGACUCUUCCGCCUGACUGGAAAGAGGAUACCGACUUUGUUGAAUGGAAGGAAUGGGUGCUUAUUACAAAAGCUUCACUCUUGUCCGAUCUUGAAAGGACGCAAGAUGCCAUUGACGCCUACAACGAAGCGAGAACUGUCAAUCAAAAUAAUACUAUCGGCGGUUGGCGACUCAAUUCUAUGGCGAAACUUCUCACCCAGGACAACGAUCCAGAAGGGCGACGACUACUUGAUAUGCUGCGUUCUUGGACGACCCAAGAACGAUGCGAAUAUCUUGAUUGGAUUCUGGAUAUCACCGAGUGGAGAGCAGUUGAUCCAAUCUGUCGGUCCGCGAAGAUGAACAACGACGAGGGGUUAAAAUUUCUUAACGAUAUCGUAAAGGAGUACGAGCAGUACCGCCCAGCAAAGUCCCCUCGCAUUCUCUUCCUUCAUUCAGAGCUUGCCGCUUUCUUUGGCCAAGUGCUAGGUGACGAGAAGAAAGCCAAGGAGAUGUAUCACGAUAUUCUCGCCACAACAGUCAAAGAAGAGGAUCUAGAGGGCCUGCAAUCUACCUUCUUCUCCACGAGGCUAGGACUGGCAAACUUAAUCUUCUCAGAGUUUCUCUCGUCAACCGAACCAGCUCAGAAAGUCGCGUUGCUGGAAGAAAUGAGGAAUCUUCCCGCAGCUUCCUUCGCGGAAGAAUCCGAACAAGAUCUUGACCAGUCGCAAGUGGGCGUGAUGUUAGCUAUCAUGCUGCGUUCACUAGGCCCUGCGAUCGAGUAUCAAGCUCACAUGCAGAAGGUCUUCCAGAAGUGUGUGAAUGGUCUCACCGAUGCGGAAGGCUGGAAUGACAUGAGCAGCUUUCGGUUGCUCUCAAAGGUACUAGCUUGUAUGGAAGGGCUGGAAAGAGAUGCUCUCAUUGCUCUAUCUUGCCAGUUCUCUGUGAUGAAUCCGGAACUCAUCCAAAACGAUAGCUCAUCAAGCAAAUCUUCGGAGAAUGGCGACGAAGCGGACGACGCUGCUCAAACUAAGGAAGGUGGUCAAACCGAGCCUACGGAUGCCGACAGCCCGAUCACAAACGAGCCGGCCAAAGAGGCGGGCAUUAAAGAUACCAUCAAAGCCGAUGCCCUUGAUGAAACCGAAAUCAACAGGAGUAUCAAAGAAACGCCAGAUCCAGUCGAAAGCAUCGUGAUUAGAUCUACAACCACGACCAUAACAACAAUGACGAAUGACCCGAACUUCGAACCCGAUACUACCGCCGGUGCAAGCGAAGAGACCGAAAAUGUUCAAGUAGAAGGUAGUCCUGAUAAGAGUACCAAGGCAGAUACUGAUUUAGAACCUGUGCAUGCUCUCGUGGCCUCAAGCGACUUACUCGAGGCUUCAGACGACGCGAAGCCGGCGAAACUGGACAAUCCAACGCUAGAAAGAGCACCCGACGAGGAAAUAGCGGGCUUCUCUGUGUGGUGUGACGGCCAAUGCGGCACUAAAGUAGAUUCUUGGACAACACCCAUCUACUACUGCAUCAUCUGCGCCUGUACCGAUCUAUGCACGUCGUGCCACGCGGAAAGGCUUGGUCAAAAUCAUGGCGCACCGUCUGAAUCUUGGAAAACAGUUUGCGGAAAAGAUCAUAAGUACAUCAAAGGCCCUAUCGAGGGUUGGAAAGGAGUGAAAAACGGUGUGAUGCGCUUAGAGGACGAAGAGAUUCCUUUCCAGGAGUGGUUGAAGGAUCUAGAAGAGAAGAGGUGGAAGGAUGCGUGGACUACCUUCUGGAAGGGUGGUAGUGGCAUCAAGGACAUUGGCACUUGA